AUGUCGGUAUCCAACCCAGGCAUAUCUUCGGUUAAGAAUCAUUGUGAUACUCUGCUUACCGAAACAAACUUCUUCUUCCCAACUCAACGGCGACGCGAUUCCCAGCUCUUCUGCUCAAUCCUCAUAUUCUUCCGCUUUGACUCAAAUCAAACUUCUCUGCCUCUCUUUCGCGAGGUCCUUCUUAAUUCUCCUACUCGUCUCCUCCCAUCGGCCUUCACCUCAACGAUUUCACUAUCGCGGAGGCCUCAUCGUCUGAUUGCUCCGUUCACGAUUCUCUCACUGUCGCCACUUUGUCAUUCUCCGUUCAUUUCGAUUUCAAAUCAUCUUAUCUCCCACACCUCCGAUUCAACCUCACUACUGAUUUCGAUUUUCUCAAAUCUCCGUCGCGUUUCAGUUUCAUAA